AUGAACAACGACAAAUUGGUGAAGCUGUUUUCCCUAAACCUGGGUAACAGAGGAAUGGGGAAAAAAGAAAGGCCUGCCCCCAUGGGGGGAUCAGCACACGCUUCUGACGUGUCUCACACGUCCAGCGGGGUGGAAAAGCAAUCGAACAGCUUCCUAGGUUGGGGUUCAGCCAAAACGUCCACAAACGAUUCGUGUACCUCCAUAAAGAGUGAACAGCUAAAUCCGUAUAAGCGCGUAAAAUCACUAAGUGAGUAUGUAUACAAAUUUAAAAAGCUAUCCCCUGAAGGGGGAACAGCGCAGGGGGGUAGCAACAUAUUUAGGAAAUUUAACACGAACAGGCGUAAAAUAAACUCAUCGGAUUUGUGGGAUCGUUCCAGUGUCCAAUCUGGGGAGCACUCCACGUCGAAUUCUUGCGGUGCCAAUUUGGCAACCACGUCACAGGUGACAUCGUUCAUGACACCGCCGGGCAACUCCUCACAGACCUCACGUGCAGACUCAAAUUCUCACUUAGAGUUCAAGUCGAUACCAAGCGGAACGAGUGCCAACAAGGAAGCAGAUAUUUUGCCUGAUCAAGAAGAAGGGUAUUCUAGACCUAACGAUAAUUCUCCAUUUGCCGAUGAAGAAGACGCCACCAUUUCUUCUCGCCCUCAUCUUCUACAGAACUACAAAACGUUCAAAUCGCAUAUGAGCAUAGAUUCAUCCCCCUUGUGUUCUUAUUUAAAUACCAUUGGUCGGUUAGAAACGAAGGGGCACAACGCGGGGACAGCUCUCCAGAGCAGCGAUCCCCCCUUAUGCAAAACUGGUACAGAGAUGACCAACCUGGAAAAGGACGUUGAGGGGGAGGAACCUGCCCGCGGACCGCCACCAACAGAAUGUCGAAUGGACGAAAACGAAGUAAACGACUUCUUCAAGAUUGCCAUUGUGCAAAACAGAGUGAUAAGCAGACAUAAGCAAAACACAGAAAAAAAAGUGAAAAAAUUAUUUUACAAAAAUAGGAAAAUGUGUAUAACUAUCAAAAUGAAUAAAUAUAAAAGUAAAAAAUUAUGGACAGAGUUAACAUAUAGUGAAAAUAAAGCAUUGAUAAAUUUACGACAAAAUAAAAAUUAUAUAUAUAGUAGAAAAAUCAGAAAAUGUCUUUUUAAGUUCUUCCUGGACUAUAUCAUUUCUUUUUACUUCAUGAAGGACACCAACUGGGUGGAAGCAAGAAGGGGGCCCUUCAACAGUCGUGUGAAUAGGCACAUUUUGCAGCUUUCGCUAAUUAGUGGUUCUUACAGGGGUCCUACAAAUGGGGUGUCAUUUUCCCCAAUUAAAAGUCCACACAAAAGGGACGCACCAAAAAAAACGAAAGAGAGAAACAACCACCAUGCAAAAAAUGAGGUAGUACAAGAAAUCUUAGCAAAACCUUCCUACCUCUUAGCCACCCCAGGUAGUAACGUUAAAGUAGGCAGUGGCAACAUUUUAUUUCCAGGUUGCUACAUCAGCUCAAACAAGGGGAACAUCUACAUCGGCGACAACAACUUAUUUGAGGACAACAUAACCAUUAUCAAUUGUGCAAAUGCUGAUAUGUACAUUGGCAAUUAUAACAUAUUCCGAUCCGGGACAUUCAUAGCAAAUGUCCCCACCAUAGGGGAUCAUAAUUACUUUGACUAUAAGUAUAAGUGGGUCUUGAGUUUCAUAUCCAACAGCAGCGUUGGCUGUCGUUCAUAUAUUCGGGCCAACCUGUUUGGGGAAAAAAAUAGGGAUGGAAACCUUCACCCCUUCAGGUAUCACAACACUGUAACGGAUAUGUCCCCGGGAUUCGUCGACGAAAACGUGAAGGAAAUAAAACUGAGAUAUGACCACAUGAGUAGUUCGGCAUAA